AUGGACGACAAAACCCAUGAUCGGCGCAGGGGCUGGCGCGACGAACCGCGCAUGCGCAAAAGCUAUGAAGACCGCGAUGCAAGUCGCGGCGACCACCCCAGUAGUAGCGGCCGUUGGAACCAUGGUGAGCGCAGUUGGCAGGACACAAAAGGCGCACGCACGCGCCGCGACGACGACGACCAAAGUCGCAGCGAUUGGCGUGCCGAGCGAAGGGGUGCGUGGCGCGAGGAUCGUGCGAAUAACAGACGCGAUCCUCAGUGGAAUCAAGGUCGGCGUGCGUGGCCACGGCAUGACCGCCGCGAACAAAGUCCGCCGCGUGCGCACACACCCCCUCCUCCUCGAAAAGAGCCCCAUGCGACGCCUGCGCAGAGCACAGAGGUGCAGACACAAACGGUAGAUACCCCCUCAGAAGAGCUUGAUGCCGACCAGAUUGCCGCCAUGAUGGGAUUUGGCAACUUUGGCUCGAGCAAAGGCAAGCCUGUGGAAGAGAACACGGAAGGGUAUGCCGAGGUCCGGAAAGAAAGGACGUGGCGGCAAUACAUGAAUCGCAAAGGCGGAUUCAAUCGGCCUCUGGACAAGGUCUAA